AUGGCUGCGCUCCCAGGCGAUCAGUGGCUCCCAGCAGCUCGACAAUGGACGGACUGGGACCUGAAUACUGAGACGAAGAUGCAGAUCCAGCAGCUCGUCGAUUCCAAGAACGUGGAGCGUCUCCAGGAGCUCUUCAGCCGUCGCGUAACCUUUGGGACCGCAGGGUUACGCGCCGUCAUGGGUCCCGGGCCCUCGGCAAUAAACGAUCUGGUCGUGAUCCAGACGUCCCAGGGACUCUGCACGUACCUCGUGAAGCAGCUGGGCGAACAGGCCAAGCUCAUGGGCGUCGCACUGGGCUACGACCAUCGCCAGCAGCGGUCGCUGAGCUCCAAGAGGUUUGCCGAGCUCACGGCAAGCGUCUGUCUGCACCGUGGCUUCCGAGUGUAUUUGUAUGAAGAUGUGGUGGCCACGCCACUUGUGCCGUUUUGUGUCGAGCAAAAAGGCUGUGCGGCAGGUGUGAUGGUGACAGCGUCGCACAACCCCAGGGCUGAUAAUGGCUACAAAGUCUACUGGUCGAACGGCUGUCAGAUUAUUGCACCACACGACGAAGGAAUCGCGCAUGAGAUUGUGGCUAAUUUGGCUCCAUGGAGACGAUACGACGAGUCGCGCGAGCAGCUCCAGGAGAUGUUUCCAGCGCUGCUGGAAGAUCCGAGUGACGAGCUGAUCCAGCGCUACUUUGCGCGGGCAGGCACAGAAUUGUGUCGCUUCCCGGAAGCCAAUGCCAGCACGACGCUCACGAUCGCCUAUACGGCCAUGCACGGUGUCGGUCACGUGUUUACGAGUCGCACGUUUGCAGCUUUUAAGCAUAAGGAGUACGUUCCAGUGCAGGCCCAGCUUUUGCCGGACCCGGAGUUCCCCACCGUGGCUUUUCCCAACCCGGAGGAAGGUAAGGGGGCGCUACAGCUUGCCAUGGAGACAGCUGAAGCCAGCGGAGCGAGGCUGAUUCUAGCCAACGACCCUGAUGCUGACCGUCUGGCUGUGGCAGAGCGGGAUGCAGACUCUGAAUCUGGCUGGCGGAUCUUCACGGGUAACGAGAUUGGCGUGCUGUUGGGUCACUGGGAGCUCGAACAGUAUGUGCGACUGCACCCGGACUGCGACCGCAAGCAGCUGUACUUUGUCGCUUCGACAGUGUCGUCAAAGAUGCUGCGUGCUGUCGCUGAGACUGAGGGUCUCAACUUUGUCGAGACGCUCACUGGGUUCAAGUGGAUGGGCAACAAGACUGCGGAGCUGCGCGAAGCUGGCAAGACCGUUCUGUUCUCUUUCGAGGAGGCCAUCGGGUUUUGUGUUGGUGGGCUCGUGAAAGACAAAGAUGGCGUUAUCGCUGCUGCCGUGUUUGCAGAAAUGGCGGUUCAGCUGGAAGCGACCAAACAGAUGACAGUGGCCCAGCACCUGAAUGCGUUGUACGGGCGCUAUGGCUAUUUCGUGACGCAAAACCACUACGUCAAGUGCUAUGACCCCGUCAAGAUUCGUGCAAUCUUUGAACGGUUGCGCAAUGGCGGGAAGUACUGGGACAGCUGUGGUGAUUAUGCGAUCUCGCAUGUCCGCGACCUCACCACAGGUUACGACAGUUCUCAGCCGGACAAGCGUGCUGUGCUUCCGGUAAGCAGUUCGACAGAGAUGAUCACGUACACCUUUGCCAAUGGAUGCGUUGCCACAUUGCGUACAAGUGGGACGGAGCCCAAGCUCAAGUACUAUGUCGAGCUUGCAGGUCGGGUGGGUCAGACUUGCGAGGAAGUCACGGUGGAGCUGCGGAAGCAGGUCACGCAGGUUGUGCAACAAAUGUUACAGCCCAGAGAAAACGGGUUGGAGCUUGCACCUGCUGACGAGUGA